GAAUGUCGCAACGUGCUUGUCCGAUACUGCGCACACAUCCCGAGAAACUAUCAGUAUAAAGAUGGAGUCCAGCAGAUAUUCCUCAUCCUACGUGAACAUCUUGGUGAUGAGAAUUUAGACCUCGCAGGCGGCGUGCUGUAUGAGAUGAUCGAGAUUGACUGUGAACAUACUGAUGAUCCUGGAGCCGCUUUUCAGCGUUGGAGGCAUGACCACAUGAGUAGAUAUAACGAUUUUGAACUUCCACACGUUCCACAUAUGACAACGAUCACUUCAUCUAUCAUUCCUACCAGCAGGCUCACACUUUGGCGAGCCGAGCAUCCAGAACGAUACACAUUUGUGCUUUCAGACUCAUCAGUAUCUGGGGAUAGACUGUCAGCUGAUCGUAGUUGCAUACGUAACCGAAAGGCAUGGUUGAUAGACAACACCUUCUAUGUAUCCUCUAGGAAUGGGGGCACGUUGCCACUGAACACCCCCAACCCGAAGGAAUUCCAUGAGAUGCAGUGGAGAACGCAAUGCAGCAACAUGGGCAGACUGGUUGACGAGAGAGAAAUUUCCGUGUCAUCUUCAACUCGUCACAGUGAAUCAACAAUACAGGACACUUCAGAUUCAAAGGGCACCUCAAAUCCAGAUGGCAAGCCCCGCGGGUCAUUGUCAAGAUACAGCUUACUCGGCAAGCUUGUGGAAAAACUCGGUAAACAGAAAAAAGAGGAACCUUGUCCCAAGCAGAGACGACGUAGUUGGAUACCAAGUGCACUCUUGGUUGACUCUGGUUCUGGGCUGAAAGACUUGCGAACAGGGUCAGGAGAGAUUCCAGUCCCACUUCCAGAUGGUCAAGUUCCCAACGCAAUCUUCGCGAGGAAGUAUCUACUCGUGGAGGAAGGGGAGUCAUUGCCGCCAUACCUUCCCAUAAGUCAGAUGCCAACUGCCGACUUGAAAGCAACUGAUAUGCUUGUUGAAGCUGCAAAUUCUGGUUUUCUGGAGAAGGAGUCGACGUGGCACUUCCGUGGCCCAUUCACGCCUCAACUUGGUUAUGACGGAGGACUUGACUACCAGUGGGCAUCUCGCGGUCACGCUGAUGAACCCGCAACUAAUCAUGCUAGACAUGAGCCUGAAACCCCGCGAAACGAAAACAGAACCAGGAGCGAAGAAUCCCAUUGCGACUCCAGAUCGAAAGUAUAUUCGAGUGUGGAUUCGAAGAGAAGAAGCUUUCGUUUUGGACUCGAUUGGGACAUGGAUUUGUUGAUAAGGGAGCCCAGGGCAACAAUCGAUGAAGUGGUGGCAACAAAUCCUAGCGGCGAUAAUAUAAUGCUUGACAAACAUUCUGGCAUGUCCUCGCCGGUUUCCUCACCCCUUUCCCGAAAGAGCCAGCCGAACAUCGCGUCAUGUCGAGCGAGUGAUGUCGCUCCAGAUAGGUAA